AAAGGGUGUGGGGGUCGGCGCACUGGCGGCUCCUCAUGACGUCACCGCUGGACACCGCUACGAGGAGUGGUUUCUAGGAGGAGAGCCGUCCCAAUUAAAUCAAUGGAAUAACCCACGCAUCCCAGAGCACAACCGCUCCACUCGUUCACUUCGACGAAAAACAAAGUUUCUGCCACUUCUGCUGUGAGAGGACAGACCUGAACUAGAAAAACCACCAACAACAACCACAUCGCCAGGAGGACAGAAGAACCUCCACUCUCUGCGGGGUUUCUGGGUUCGCCUUUAUACCAUGUGCUGCCUCUGAAGCAGACAACCAGCUAUUUAAAUCCUCCCUGGAAGACCAUGCUCCUCCUUCUGCUGCCUGCAGUGCUGGCCGUUCAAGCAAUGGCUGUAAUGGAACUUCGUGUCCCAGAGCAACCUGUGGUGGCGCUGUAUGGGCAGGAUGCAAUUCUCAACUGCUCCUUCAGCCACCCCAAUGUCUUCAACCUAUCGGAUCUGAGCAUCUUCUGGCAGCUAACAGACACCAAGCGCAAUGUACACACGUACUCAGAGGGACGCGACCUGCUGGUGGACCAGGCAGAGGGCUUUGCCAACCGGACCAGCCUGUUCCCCACUCAGCUGAAGCUGGGCAAUGCUUCGCUGCUGCUAAGCAAGGUGGUGGUGGCGGAUGAAGGGAGCUACACCUGCUUUGUCAGGGUGCAGGACUAUGGGAGAGCUGCUCUUUUUCUGCAGGUGGCUGCGCCGUACACCAAGCCUGUGCUAACCUUACAGCCUGAAUCCAACCUGCGGCCAGGCGACAAAGUGGCCCUGACCUGUGUGGCUUACGGAGGCUAUCCUGAAGGCAGUGUUGUAUGGCAGGAUGGGAGCGGCCGCAACCUGACGGAAAACGUCACCGUUUCGCUGGUGGCUAAUGAAGAAGGCCUGUUCACUAUGACCAGCGUCUUAACAGUUAUGUUGGAGCCCAACAGCACAUACAGCUGCCAGCUCAUCAACCCACUGCUAGGUGAAGACGGCUUCGCCUUUCUCACCAUCACAGGUCAGAACAUCGCAUUCCCCCCGGUGGCUCUCUGGGUUACAGUCGGGCUGGCCGUGUGUCUGCUCAUGCUGCUCGUCGCUCUGGCCGCUGUUUGCCGCAGGAAGAUCAAGGAGAGCUGUGAGGAGGCCAGGAGAGAAGCGGAAGAAGCCAAAGAAUUCGACGAAGACGAGACCGAGACCGCCAUGACCCCACUGAAGACUAAGGCUGUAGCAUAACAAAGGAGUCGAGGCCAGAUACUGGGGGGUGGAGAGUGGUGUGGUAGGUAAUCCCGCUCCACCUAUCCAUCAACCUGGAGACUAUUUCCAGCGUCCCCUGCAGAAUGUAAAAGCCUCGCUGAGCAAAGGAUGAGUCCAUCAUCUUCUUCCCCCCCCGAGUUUCUAUUAAAUCACAUAAACACAUCAUGUGCCAUUAUUUUCUAUUGCCCUCCCUGCAUUGGUCUCCAUGGAGAGCCGUGACAGUGAGUACAUGCUGCUGAGUGAGCUGUGUUCCAUGCAGCACGCAGACAGAAGCCUUUGUCUGUCACUGACAUCACAGUUUGAGAAGUGACGAGGCGUCUGCUCGGAACGGAGACACUUAAAGAGAUGACCCUGACUCAGUUGCCAGAGACAGAACGUGGCUCUCCUAUUACUCCAGGACUUGCUAAUUAGUGUCUGUCGCUGGAGUAACUUGUACCUGUCACUGUGUGCUGCUUUCCGAUAUUCAAUAAGUUGGGGAAAUUGAAAUUGAAUGCCAGUUAAGCUCCAACAAAUUGCAAAUGGCGCAUGUGAUACAGCCUAAUUUCCUCAGCGCUCUGACAGCUUUACAUGUACGAAACAGUUUUAAUGAACACAGACUGUCUUGUUUUUUCUUUUAUACGACUGGUUUGAACUGUUUUCUCCUGUCAGUGCUAGUUUUUAAAGUAUGUUAUUUUUUAUUAUUAUUAUUAUUUUUUUUUACACUUUAGCAAGUCCUAGUUUGGUGUUUCUCUGUCUGAAGGCCUAUUUACAUUAAAGAGAUGGGGAAAGUG